AUGUGUUCCCAAUUCCAGUUACCAGGUUUCCAGAUCAUCUCCCCAGCUAAUAGUUUCUUUGCAUCUAUCUUGUUAUCAGUUGUUUCUUUUGAUUUUGAUUAUUUGCAUUUAUCUUUUUAUCAGUUACAAUGUAAUAAGAAAAGUGCACCAGAGGCUAACGAUGGUUCUAGACACACUUCAAAAGCUAGUUCUCAGAUACAAUGUGAUAGAAGAAGUGCACAAGAAGCUGACGAUGCUUCUAGACAAGCUUCCAAAGCUAGUUCCCAGAGAAGUAGUCCAAACAUAAAAAGAGACAACAUUAAGAGAAAAGAAGGUUCUAAAGCCACUUCUCAGUUACAACCCGUUGGUAUUUUACGAGGGUCUUCAUGCAAGUUACUAAAUUGGCUCGGAAAUGGACAAGUUGUUGCAACUGGAGAAAUAGAAUCAACAAAUCCUGAGGCGAAAGUUCAUCACAUGGUGCUUGGUCCUGAUUGCUGGAAAGUUUGGGUAACUGUUGUCAAAGUGGAGAAUAUAUCUUUGUACCGCCCUACAAGUGAAUUUCGUGUCCUGGAGGAUGUUGUGUCUAGUACAAUUGCCUGGCCAUCAAAGUACGUCCAAGUUGGAGAGUAAUUUUAGUUCGUACUUAGACUAGAAAAUGGUACUUUGACACUACAUAGAUAGUACUUUAUGACUUUCGUUUAU